AACUCCGCAACGACAACGAAGCAGAGCAACCAGCGUCAUCAGCACAUCACUCACUCUCUACCUCGCAGCGCACACGGAACAGCAAGCAGGGACACUCUAGUAGACGGCGCACAUCACAGUCUACCAGUGCACCGCGGCAUCAUGGCCACUGCUGCUCCAUUCGACGCAAAGGCGCUCUAUGAAUACCGCUCUGAGCACGCAGAUGACCUCAGCUUCGGCCCUGAGCAGAUCAUCCAUGUCACAGAAGUCGAAGAUGAUGAAUGGCUCAGUGGAUGGUAUGAAGGGCCAAAAGGGAGGUGUCAGGGCAUGUUUCCAAAGAAUUACGUCGAGGUCCUCCCAGCUGUCCCAGUCCCGCCAAGACCCCAGGCGCGGCCCAGUCAUUCCAGGUCAAAGUCUAUCGUUGAGGAAAAGCCAGAAGAUGUAUCAGAGCGGACGGCAGUCGUUCCACCAACUCAGCCAAUUGAGCCUGUGGCCAAGAAAGCAGUAGUAACAGCCGAGUCGGAAGCAAGGACUGAGCAAGAGCGAAUACAGCCUACUGCAAAGGUGAGCACAAUGAACGAGACUGAGGACGAAGGGCAUGCAGCACCCGCUACAGCGAAGCCAAUAGAGGCAUCAUCCAAGAGGCCGCUCAUCGACACUCAAACACAAGCGCCCAUGACUGAAGCAACACAAGUGCAGAGUCCCCGGUCAAGCGCAGCUGAGGCUGAAGAUUCUUCAAGAGGUCCAGAGCAAUCAUUGGCAUCGCCCGAUCAGUCAAAGCCUAAGCCUGCCAAGCCCAACGCGUUCCGUGAUCGCAUUGCGGCCUUCAACAAGGCAGAAUCGGCGCCAAUCGUACCACGCGCAAUGGCAAAGCCUGUACUUGCAAAGAAGCCCUUCAUUGCGCCGCCGCCCUCAAAGGAUUCGUAUGUGCCACAUAUUGCUUCAAAGACCAGGGCAGCUAGCACCACUGAAUCCAGUCCCGUGGAUGUGCCAUCAAGGCCAAUGGAUGUGCCUGACGCAAGUAGCAUCACUUCACCAGUAGAAGGCGCUCCCAAGAUCGGAUCUCUGAAGGAUAGGAUUGCUGCACUUCAAGCUGAAAGAGAACAACUCGCUGUCAAAAAAGCUUCAAGCAAGCCUGCAGGAGAUGCAGCGAUUGAGGAAACAGCCAAAGCUCAGGAUGAGAUCGAGGAGGAGGAAGAGGCGGAUCGCGCUGCUAGCCUACCUGUCCUGCAACCACUGACACGCACCUCAACUAGCCGCAGCAUCGAAAGUGUACACUCGGAAGUACGUCCGCUGAGCCGACAGCCAUCAGCCCGUGCAGGGUCAUUCACUGCUGCGUCUAUCACUGGUCAAGACGAAGAAGUCACCACAACGCAAGAGCAGCCCAAGGAAGGCGAUGAGCUUCACGACGCAAAGGACUCUAGCCAGCUUGCAGACGCAGAUGAGCAGGAACUUGACGAGGAAGAACAGCGCAAGCAACGACUUCGAGAGCGAAUGGCACGCAUGAGUGGUAUGGGUAUGGGCAUGCAUAUGGCCCUUGGUCUUCCAGCAGUUCAACAAAAAUCUCGCACUGCUAGACCCGAAGAUGAGCAGCAGACCUCUGCAGAAGCAGCACCAAAGGCAUCAGUCCCAGUGAUCCCUAUGCCUGGCCUCCCUUCAGCUCCACCAGCAGUGUUGGCUGAAGGAACCGCAAAAGACGACUUGGGCCACACACAAGCAAUCAAGACGGAUGCUGUGCCGGAGAAUGAAGAAGUCGACGACUCUGAAGACGAGCAAUCCGAACCCUUGCAGUCUUCUAGGCGUCCAUCGCUUGAGCCCAGUACGCCGCUCGUUCUUGAAACAGGCUCGCCGUCCUUGCGUUCACCAAUGAGUCCAGGUGGCAAGUCAAGAAUGUCAUACUUUGGUCCAGUCUCCUUAAGUGGUCCAAAGCCCACAUCCCCAGGUCCUAUGGCUCGAGCUUCUGCUCCACCUGUUCCGCAAAGUGCUCGCCCUCCAGCGCCGGCACCACCAAUUCCAGCGUCGGCUAUACCUCCAUCCGCACGGGAAGCGAAGCUCUCUGAUUCGACAGUGCUAGUGGAUAGUGAACGAGAAGGCUAUGAGGCAGAUGCAGACGACGACACAGACACCACGUCGACUCAUGACCAGCAGCGUAUGCCCAAUUGGCCGAGUACUGAGACUCCAUUGCCACAAGCAUCGCACCAGAGUGUUUUGCCACGCGGACUGCCACCUGUACCAGUCGUUCCACAGGGUGUGCCGCCUGUCCCAGAGAUGCCAGCUGCUUCACGUAGUCUUCCACCACCUAUGACAGCUGCUCCGGCACCACCUGUUUCACGGGCGCCACCCCCUCUGCCAGACGCUGCACCACCAACUUCCGUCAUUUCUGUGCAAGAAUCAGACUACCAGGCCCGAGAUUCACAUGAAGAUCAAUCCAGUGCAGAUGACGGUGAAGCUCAGUUGCCAGAGAUGCCAUCGCAUGCACGGCGGCUGUCGACCAUGCGAGGCCAUGAAGACGCCAAACACAGGCAAUCAAUAGAUGCGACAAGGAGUCUACCGCGACAAUCUGUGGAGACACGGCGAGACAGUUUCGGCGACUACUUGUCUAAGGACGUUUCUUUUGGCAGUGCCGCGGAUUGGGCAAAGGGUUUUCCUGCGCUGCUCUCUCAGCGCCAGGAUUUGGUUUGCGACGUCAAGGAACAUACAGACGCUGAGCACAGUACAACUACAAGAGACGCCUGCAUCUUGUUUCAAGAUCACAGCCAGCUUAUUGUUUCGGUCGUGUCGGAUUCCAACAGUGGAGAAGUACUGCAAUUUGACCAAGUUCACCGACCGCCUCCUGCAUUGGCCUCUCGGGAAAAGCUUGAGGCUGAACAUGAACGAUAUGGCAAUACACUUCUUGACAAGGCGAAGCGACUCAACAACACUGUUGUAGCAAAUGGCGACGCUUUGACUUUUGUGUCCAGCAUUGUAAAGAGCCUGCCUGGAGCUAUACCUCCGAUUGGCGCGCGCACGUUUGGCGCUCCCGUCUACUUGAAUCUUGCGAAUGCCUCUGUCACAGUGCAAGACGAGAUUAGGCCGGGCGAUAUUAUUGCUUUCCGCAACGCAAAGUUCACUGGUCACAAGGGUGCUAUGAAGAGCAAGUACAGCUUGGAUGUUGGCAAGCCAGAUCAUUGUGCCAUUGUGAUUGACUGGGAUGGAACGAAGAAAAAGGUCAGGGUGUAUGAGCAAGGGCGAGAGGGCAAAAAGGUGAGCGAGGCAUCGUACAAGCUCAAGGAUCUGCGCUCCGGUGAAGUCAAGGUCUUCCGCGCCGUCUCUUGGCAGUAUUGUGGUUGGUAGUAUAGCUCUUGAGAAGUUGCGUUUGUAGUAAGGCGAGUCCAAUGCAAGCUUAAUAACG